UGCUCAUGUGCAAUAGAGUAUGUCCGAGACAAAGUAUAAUUUCGUGUGGCCAGCGUGUUGAUGAAUUAACAAUGUUGAACGCCCAUAGGAGGAUUAUGGGCAACUGAUGUGUCAAAUUGUAUCUAAUGUCAAGCGCCCCGAAGCAAACAAGUAAACAUAUUCCAUCGACUUCGUUCGUUCAUACUUGGAAACACCAUGACACCUGUUGUCAUUUUAUCACCACUGACCGAAAAGAGCUCUCCAGGCAGGCAAUAACCUCAACGGCAGAAUCCAUAUCCGACUCCAAGGAUCAAUAACUUUCAGUUGCGAAAUCACAGCCCGUCCAUCCACAGCUGAGAGAUGAAACGUUCUCAGACAUAUGGUAGAAGAUAAUCCUCUACUGAAUAAAGUAGAUAUUUUAGAGGACAGUGUGCAAAUUGAACAUACUGAUCCAGUUCCAGAGCGAGCCAAAGAAUUUGUGAGCUCAUCCACCAUUCAUCUGGAUUCGCGACGGAAAUCUUCGGCUCAUCUGCAGUCACGAGCUCAGUCAGAAGAGCGUAAAACUGGUCAAAGUAGGCCUAGCACAACGCCUUCCACCCCUGAGCAUGCCCGUCGAAAUUCCCACUUAUCUGCUGGACAAAUUUCUGAUAUCAAUGCACCCAUGGAUCAAACGGAGCCCCGGGUACCUUCAGUAGGUCAGCUGCGUGAUUAUUUCAAUAGUUUAGGCCAAACCAACUCCACUAGCAACGCGAUCCAAAACGGUCCGCCUUUGAGGAAAUUAUCAUACACACUUCCACGUAAAUCAAUCCAGGUGUUGAGUGUGAACACUGAUUUGGGUGAUGCUCCCCUGGAGCAUAACACAUCCGUGGAAGAACUACGCCAGAUGUUUGAGCGAGGUGAAGUUAACAAGAGGCUAACAAGAGGUCAGUCCUUGGAAAAAGUGACAUCCCCGGGGCGUGAUUUAUCAAGGAAUUCCAUGUCAAAAUCGGUGGAAUUCUUCUGCCGCCCACCUAAAUUUCGUACCCCAAGUCCUAUAUCUCAUAGCAAGCUUCCAACACCUCCUCCCCUUCCAUUACCUCCAUCACCAGAACUGAUUGACACACAUUUCAACAGAACCGCCUCCAGUUCAAUCCGUUGUCGAGGCAGACAUGGUUCGAGGCGAAACUUUGUUACUCAAAUGAAACAAUCUGCUCAACCAAUACUGUCGAUGCACCUCCCCUUUCGCUCUAGAUCUCUUGCCUUGGACAGAGGAACUUCUGACUUUCCUCCCAAAGGAACGCGUUACCGUGCAGGGUCAAUCACCCAGCGUUCUCUCUCCCCGGUGGAACCGCCGUCCGGCAAUCCGCAAAGAUACAAGGAUACAGGCAUGUGUACCGUGCAGUCCGGUAUGGCAGCAUAUCGACCGGCGUUGAGGCAAACCGAUAGUGGGAAACGCGAUAAAGCAAUACAGUCCAACAACAGAUCUCUGAUUCCCAUUAAUUCCAAGGGUGAACUUAUUCACGUACAGCCCAGUGACACAGAUGGUGUCUUUGUGCGCUCAGCUGUGGUUUACGAACGCGUCCCAAAUGCCCUAGAGCAAAACGCCCCAAAACAAUUUGUCACCACUUACGUGAUUUCCGAUGGUCCCUAUCCUAGUCGAUCGACAAUUCAGGCGACCAAUUUCUGGGUAGCUGAAACUGCCUUACAAGAUGCUAAAAAGGAUGGAAUCAUCACACCGUACCGAACACAGGCGCUGACACGCACUGGAUCGGAACAAUCAGUGAACCAGAGAAGUGGAGCUAGAAGUCAGACAAGGGAAACCCAAGUUUCAAUGCCCCGUACUUACCCUUCGUCAAGCGGAUCUAACCGUAUUGCAGCCCGUCCGAGAAGUGUGCCCAUUGGCCCGAAGGUUCACCAGCAAGUGCCAAAAACACCUUCACCUUGCGGUCAACCACCAGCGUUACCAACUCCCCCACCAGCUGAGAUACAUCCCUAUAUUUUGCGAUGCAGCAGUAUGAAUACCAGUCCAAACCGAGUGCCCUACACUUGGUUGCCUACAAAAGACUCUUCGGUUCAGUGCAACCGUCCGGCACAAUAUUAUCCAUCUCCUACGCGAUCUUGGUCAGUAAAGUCUCUAUCACCACCACCAUAUCGAACGCCUAUACUCAGUUCACUUCAGGGACAAAAGAACCCAUCGGUAAAACGUGAAAAGCCGAUGCAGUCAAACAUUAGACGAACUCAGUCAAUGCGGCUGACUACGUCCGGGCAAAGCUUGUCAGGGGAAGAUAAGAAAAGGCUGGCCCUCGUGCCAAAACGCUAUCGUCCACAGACUGGUGUGUAUCGAUCAGAAUCUGAGCGAAUUCGGGAAGCUAGUGAACGUCGCAGGUGGAUGCAAAAGGCCGAAUCAGUGAAUCGCGAGCGACAAGCCUAUCACGAAUUGCGGGGGAGCUGGUCUCCGCCACACAUCAGAAGUGCAGCACGCUACGUUCCGAAUGAUUUGGAGGAAAACACGGAACGAGAAAUUCGAGACAGAGUAAGAAGACGUAAACCACUGUCACCCGUUCCACCGUUAUUCACACGGGUUUUUGUUGAAGAUUGUGGCACGCAAACCCCGGCAUAUAAAGUGAACGAAGCAGUUCAGUGCAGCUAUUCACCGCAGCCAACUCGUGACAUCCCUAGUCCUUUCCACGUAAACGACGGUGUAGACACAACACCCAUCACCCCAGGCUUUGCAGAGAAACGUGCAUACUUCGAGCAACUCAUUAGGACCAACAAACUUCUUGCGCGUUGCUCCUUUUGUUCUGAUUGUUAUCAUUGUCCACCAGGGCAAACACCUCACCACAGCACCUAUGCCAGCUGGGACUCCGAUUUGAAUGCGAUUGAGAGCGUUUCCAUGCGACCACAUUCGACGCAAACAGAAGACUACAACCCCAAAUACCGAAAAGUCGAAAACUAUCAACAUGUUUCAAGUUUGUCCGAUCCUCGAAAUUACACCGACCCGUACCGUCCUUCUUAUGGGACCUUCAAUGGCAGCUAUGAACCUAGCCAAACUGGGCCUCAGCAGUAUUCGUCCAGUCUGUACCUGGCUUCCAAACCUGUACGUUCUGCCAGAUGGGAUACAAUGUAUAGAGAUUAUGACCCCAGACAAAGCACUGGCUGUGAGAGCUGUUCGAUUGACCACGAAUAUUACGCCAAAGCACAAAAUGCCAUGCCAAAAGUUGCUCCUAAUCCUCCCAAAAAAGAAUAUAACUACAACACACACUAUCCAUCCUGGGUCACGACUACUAGUAAUGACUACCGACCACAAUCACACGCGGAACUUGUCCAUUCCCCGACACUGACCACUUAUCCAACACAGAAUACGACCAAGUACCUGACUCGGUACGAGUACCCAGUAACUGGAGGAUUCCAUUCACCACCUUGUCGGUUCUAUACUACUACAACAAGUAAACCUGGAUCGAUCGAAAGCCUAAAUGAUCGCUGCGAGACCGCUGAAGUAAGCACAGCAACCACAGCAGCUGACCUUGCUGCCUACCGAGGUCGGGUGAAACAAAUCGUUUGUGAACUAAAUGAGCGUGAGUACAACAAUGCAUACAAAAGCAGUCAGGAAGAUCUGCAUCAAGUGGCCAUUUUACGACGUCCUUACCACUACGCACUUGACUAG